AUGGACAGUGGUAUUUCGGGUGGUGCAAAUAGUGACGUAAUGUUGAUUGCGGGUCGGGCUGUUCAGGGAAUCAGGGGUAGUGAGAUCAAUCUUAUAAUCAAGCUUAUUAUUAGCGAUCUUAUACCAUUUCAGGAGAGGGGCAGCUGUAUAGCUAAGAUCUUUACCAUCUUCUAUUUAGGCACUACUAUUGGCCCUUUUGUUGGUGGAGAGCAAUCCAACUGGCGCUUGGUCUUCUACAUCAACCUCCCCUCGGGGGCUCCUCUGUACUCCUCCUCCUCCUCUUUCUCCUCGUACACUAUACCGCCAAUCUCCUUCACGUCUCGCCUAAACGUCAUCGACUACCUCGGCAACGCCAUCCUCAUCGCUGCCGUGCCAUCGGUUCUCACCGACCUCGCCCGCGUCGGCACCCGCUACCCCAGGCGCACCCCAGUGGUUGCUCUGAUUAUGGCAUUCCUCAGUUUCAUUCUGCUGUACUGGGGCUUGUACUUCCUGCUCGUCUAUUUCCAAGCUGUUCUCCACGCAGAUAACGCCACCUCUGGCAUCUGGCUUUUCGCAAACGUGCUAGUUAAAGAGUCCUUCCAUGUGGUGGGAAGCAUAAUAGUCACCAAGAGGUACCGCUACCGGCCUCUCCAAUUCCUCGUCUUUGCACUCAUGAUCCUUGGAUUCGGCAUUGUCGCAUCAUCCGCUGCCGGAAUUGAUUUCAUGAUGUUGACCAACUUGGCUGCUGUUCAGGCUGAUCUCCCUGAGAAGGACGUUGCAAUUGCCGCGGCUACGCUUACCUCAAUGCACGCGUAUGGGGUUAUCUGGGGUGUUUUGUUCGCUGAGGGUAAUUUGGCUGGUCAGCAUCGUGGCUACUCUGGGAUUCUUCUUUAUUUUCAUGGAGAAGGAAAUCGUGCUGCGAGCAAAUCCGGAGAUGGAGAAAACCUCCCAGCUCUUUUGGGAAAGGACGUUAUUAUGGAGAACAUCGAAUGCAGAUUACCUGUUAGAGUCGAAUAG